AUGACUUUCAUGAAGGGGGAGAACAAGUCAGCCUUGGAGGAAGCUGCUGAAGUCGCUGCCCAGAAAACAAUUCCUUCUCGCACCCCAACAUCCAGUCCCGGCAGCAAGCCACAAGUGAGGCAUAGGGCCUCUGUUGCAUGCGCCUCCUGCCGCGACAGGAGGAUUCGGUGUGUGGUUCCGAAGGGCGAGUCCGAGUGCAUUCAGUGUAAAAAGGCCAGCAGCGAGUGCAUCAUCAAGAAUGACGACGAGCGGCGACGGCCAAUAUCGAGGGCAUACAUGUCCUCCCUGUCCAACCGUAUCGCCAUGCUCGAGCACAUGCUUCUGGACAAUGACAUACAACCCCCUCCAGCAGUACAUCCCCCAAAAUCGAGACAUGAGGCCACAGGACCCUCAAAACAGUCAGACGAACAACGGAAAAUCCUGGCUAAAAAACCCAUCGGUCCGGAGGCCUCUUCUCUGUCAGAUUCAGGGAGCGAAGACUGCACGGCACAAGAUGGCGACCUUGCCGAAGUCGCGUCGGUCACAAGAUCGGGAUUGUGGCCAGUGUUAAAGAAUCAAUCUUCUUGCACAACCGAACCGAACCAGGAAGAUGUUACCCACCGUUUUCUGUCGACGAGAGGAAAUCUGUCAUUUGAUCAGCUUUCUGGACAGCUACGUUUUUUCGGGCCUACGGCUAACUUUCAUUUGUAUCGAAUCGAAUCCGGCGACCAGCUUCAGUGUCGCCAGCCGUCGGAACAGGUUGGUCGAGCCCAGAGCUAUCUCCGGACCCUCAACAGCGCGACCCACGACUACCUCAUGAGUAACUUCUGGACGCAUUACGACAGCACGCUUCGAACCAUACCUAGAGAGUCGUUUGAAUCUGCCCUGGAGUUGCAAAACCGAAAGUUUUACUCAUCAUUCCUGCAUGUUUCAAUCCUAGCCAUAGGGUUCCGCUUUGCUGAUCCCUCCCGAGAAGAUGUCAAGCAGAUGGCAAUGGGAACCCGGGAGAGCAGCCUGCACAGAGAGGCCAAAACUAUGGCUGAAUCAGAACUUGAGCAGCCUGGCGGCAUUCCUAGCGUACUGGCUCUCCUACUUCUCGGCGAUCUGGAGUGCGGCGUUGGCAGAGAUAACUCUGGUUGGAUGUAUACGGGAAUGGCCAUCAGGUUGGCUUUCGACAUUGGGCUUCACAUCGACUGCCGUGACAACGGCAUGAGCGAACAGGAGGUCGACAUCCGUCACAUGGCAAUGAGAGCCUGCGUAUUAUAUGACAAGUAUUGGGCGCUGUUUCUUGGUCGGCCAACGAGUAUUAAACAUCGAGACAUUGACCUCGAUUUGCACUCCAGGCGGUUUUCUAAGCCGAGUUCCCCCAAGGAAUGGCCCGGGGUUGCCGACAAAGCAGACAAUGUUGAAGAGAUCCAGACCCAUCUCGUAGAACUGAUGGAACUCUCAAGUCGCAUCGCUGAAAUGAGAGGCAAACCUCAAACCCACGACAUCACUCAUGUAGACGGUGAUGACAAGUGCAAUGGAAGCAGCGAUGAAAAAGACGCCGCGUAUUUCCAUGCCAUCGAAAUCGAGCGUCGACUUCGAGAUUGGCACAGGCGAUUACCGGAACAUCUGCAAUGGAAAUCUGCCAACAUCGAACACGCCGCUCUCAACUACUUUCUUCUGCAUCAGCAGUAUCAUGUUUCCAUGGUAUUGCUUCAUCGUCCGUGGGCGGAAUAUGAUCGGAAGACCGGCGACGAGAUGAGCACCGGUCAGUACGCAAUUCCAGGUCCAAGCUCAGACUCAAGAGACGCCUCACUUCAGCACCGCAAAUUCUCUCCAGAGACCAACGGCCCCUGUACGAGUAUAGAAGCCAACAGGAUGUCGUCUUCUCGUCAAGUAUGCAGCUUUCACGCGAUGUGCGUAGCAAAGAUCUUCUGGCAACACCGCCAGAGAUUCGACGGUACCAAGAUCUUCAUCACGGGCGUCCAGCACGCUGGCACAGCCGCUAUUGCCUUGAUAGCAGCAUCCACGUACCGUCGCCGCGCGCCAGAAAGUCGAACGUAUCUCAGGGGCCUAGAGAUAUUGGCCAGUGCCAUCAGUGACAUGGGUCAAUCGUACCAACCGGCGGCAUGCAUGGAAAACCUUCUGAAGGAGGUUCUUUUGAAGCUCCGAAACGACAUCGGGGACCCUGCUGACCUUUCUCCGCCACUUGUUACAUUGCUUGGUAGCGGAAAAUGGGUCUUCGCAAAGUUGCUUUGCUGUCGGUAA